AUGAAGAUCAAACCAUCCAAGUCACGCAGCAUUUCAGUAUUGAAGGGAGUGCAUACAGACCUGCAGUUCUUCAUCGGAGACAACCCUUUCCCCACAGUGUUGGAGCAACCCGUCAAAAGCCUAGGAAGGCGCUAUGAUGCAAGCCUAAACGACAAAGACCAGGUGAAGCAGCUGUGCAUCAAGGCAGGCCUACAGGUGAUUGACACUACCCAACUACCUGGGAAGCUCAACACCAUCAGAGAGGAGCCAGCUGGGCCUACCACGCGACUGGAAGAUGCUGGUAGACAUUGGUAA